ACAGGAAGCACGCGAUCGCAGUUGAAACUUUCCCCUGUUCCAGUCGUGCUUGGAAGAAAGCGUGUGGUACAAGCCAAUUUUUGUUGUGGAUUGAAAGACGGCUGCUGGAGGAAGGACAAAAAGCUCACGACCGGCAGUCAGUAGCUGGCCCCUUCUCUAGCACGUGGCCAGACGGCGGAGACAGUAUGCACGAGGGCUAUGGUUAUACCUCCGAUCAUUAUCGCAUUCAACGGCCACAAAAUAGUCAGGACAACUACGGGAGAGCAGUAAUCCGUGUGAAGAAGGAGCUUCAGCAGAGCGAGUUGCCCCCCAACUGCUCUGUCCAGCCCUGGGCGAGCAGAAAAUUUGGUACAAAACAAUGCAACGCCGAUCCUAAAUGUAGCAAUGCACCCGUAGACUUUCAAAAGCUGCUUCAUUGGCAGGUGACCAUGCUAGGGCCGCGGGAAAGCCCUUUCGAAGGCGUACCCCUUCUCUUCGAGCUGGAAGUGCCCCCUUCCUACCCCUUCAAGCCGCCCCGUGUCACCUGCCACUCCUGCUGUUGGCAUCCCAACGUGUGCGCCUCGACAGGGCAAGUCAUCCUGCCUAUCAUCGGGGAAGACUGGCGGCCUACACUGUCGCUCAGCACCCUCAUCUUCGGCAUCCAUCUCGCGCUCUUGGAAGCUAAUGUUGACGUGGCAGUCAAUUCGGCUGCAGCAGAAGCCUACGUGCACCACACGGAUCUUUACCACGCACAAGCCAGAGAAAUGCUGAAAGGGCAAGCUGUGCGGAGGACCAGCGCUGGCGACAAAAGAGGCCGGACUACGAGCACGCUUCCGGAGCUUCCGUCGUUCGCGUCUCACCCCGCCGCUGAGGCCAUAUCUGUGCCGUCCGGGUCAAGCGCAAGCACGAGUAUGGACACGCUUGUCAGCACAUGUGAGCUUGACUGCUCUGCGCGAAAACGCAAAGCUUUAAACGAGACCGAACCGCCUGAGCGGGGCUUGGAGGCCAUGUGCAUCGAUGAAAAGUUCGAAGACUUCCACACCCAUGAUAGCGUCCGCCCCGACCCAGGCUCAGGAGGGUCUCGAGCUUUGUCGGUUGCAUCCUUUAUACAGCAGGAGCCUCCAUCUAUGGAAAUGGAGGAGAAAUUUGCCUCCCGCUCGAGACAUACGCAGCAUAGCAAGAGAGCUCGGAGUUUUGGGGGCCAAGGGGGGGGACUAGGAGGGGCUGGGGAAUCGCAUGCUGGAUUUGCGGCGAUGGCACAAGCUGCAGGGAUAGGUGGACAGCAGCGAAGCCGCGUUGGGGAUCUGGUAGCCUUUAAUCAAAGCCUCCCGUUUUCGAUUGUUAUGACUGAUGGGAUGAAGGCACCCCCCCCGGCAAGCUAGACUCCGAAGGGAGGAAGAGAGAGCGCAGAAGGCAAACUCGGAGGUAAAAAAGGCAGAACAGUCUAUCUAAGGUUGUGAAAAGCUGUCGUGUACAUAGAGGUGACAAUUUCCCGAGCACGCGCAGUCACAUGCGGCAGCACAGGGACACCCUGGGGGUAUGUGGGGCAUGCGUCCCACAGAGUAACAGAAUAAAAUCUUAGGCUAGCCUAA